UCAAUUUUUUUUCUUAGAAUUUCGAUUCCGAUCAAAUCCAAAACCCAAAGAUGGCGUCUUCCGCCUCCGGCACCGCCACCAACGUCAUGCUCGCAAUCUUCGAGAAGAAGACGACCCAAAUCGACCUCUACCGCCCCCUCCGCAAUUACAUCGCCUUCAACUACUCCGAGCGCGAAGCCCAGAACCUCGAAGACGACCUCCAAACCGUCAAACAGCUUCGCUCCGACGUCGAGCGCCAACCCGACCCAUCUCUCACCACCCGCCGCGACCUCCUCCAAAAUUACUUUAAAGCCCUCUGCCUCGUCGAGACACGCUUCCCCAUCUCGCCGGACAAGGAUCACAUCAACAACGUCAUCUUCGUCUGGCACGACACCUUCAAGAACAAGCAGAAGGCUUCCCAGCAGAACAUCCACCUGGAAAAGGCCGCCGUUUUGUUCAAUUUGGGGGCCGUGUACAGUCAGAUUGGGCUCUCCUACGAUCGCGCGACCGUCGACGGUCGACGGCAGGCGUCGCACGCGUUUAUUGCGGCGGCUGGGGCAUUCGCAUUUCUGAGGGACAAUGCGGCGACCAAGGCGUCGAUUGGGAGCUCCACGACGGUGGAUUUGUCGGUGGAGUGCGCUGGGAUGCUGGAGAGGCUGAUGCUGGCUCAGGCCCAAGAGUGCGUCUUUGAGAAUACGAUUGCCAAAGGGAGCACGCCGGGUGUUUGCGCCAAGAUCUCGAGGCAGGUUGGGCUGUAUUACGAGGAAGCUUUAGCGACAUGUAAUGCUCCGCCCUUGAACCAGCAUUUUGACAGGGCCUGGAUAUCACACAUGCAGUUAAAGGCAGCUCUCUUUUAUGCAGAAGCUUGCUAUAGGUAUGGUCUAGAGUUGCAUGAGAAAGAAGAGAUUGCAGAAGAAAUUGCACGGUUAAAGAGUGGGAUCAGUGCUUUGUCUGAGGCUAAGAAAAACACAAAGGGGGCUGCUGCACAGAUUCUGGACGCAAUUAGCAAGUUAGAGGUCAAUCUGAACCGUAACCUGGAGAGGGCUGUGAAGGAGAAUGAUAGAGUUUAUCUCAUGAGAGUUCCUUCCCCUGGUUCCUUACCACCUGUUCCGGCAUUUUCUAUGGUGAAGCCUUUGGCAAUGAGCGAGGUCCUGGAUGCAAGCAAGGAGAAGAUGUUUGCCAGUCUUGUUCCAGACAGUAGUGCAAAAGCUCUUUCCAGGUACACUGAAAUGGUUGAUGACAUUAUCAGAACACAAGCAGAAAAGUUACAACAAGCCAGUGAACUGACCAGAGUAAGGCUCAAGGAAAUGGACCUACCAGAGUCUAUUCUUGCCUUGGAAGGGAAUUUUACUCUUCCUACAGAUCUUAAAGAAGAUGUGGAGGCAGUGCAGAUAUGUGGAGGCCCUGCUGGUUUGGAAGCUGAGUUACAGCAGCUUAGGGAUUUGAAAAGGGUAAACCAGGAAAUUUUGAUACAUAUUGAGGAACUCUUGCAGAAAGAGGCCAGAGAAGAUGCUCAGUUUAGAAGCCAAUUUGGAACACGGUGGACGAGGCCGCAGUCAAGUACCCUGACAAAGAACUUACAGGAUAGGCUAAAUAGGUUUGCAGGCAACUUGAAGCAAGCUGCAGAUAGUGAUGCUCGGAUUGAGCGCUCGGUCCGAGAACAUUCAGCUCUCAUGUCAAUCCUUGAUCGUCGUCCAAUUGAAUCUGCCCUUCCAACUCUGGCUAGGCCAAUAAUGUCUUUGGAUGCCAGUGAAGAUGCUAUUUUGGGGGCCCUGAAGCAGAGCUUGAGGCAACUGGAAACCCUUGGUGCUCAACGAGCUGGUCUUGAAGACAUGCUUAAAGAGAUGAAAAGAAAGGAUGAUAUACUUCCUAAGUUGAUGACGUCAACCGGCUCCUAUGAGGAUCUUUUCAGGAAGGAGAUAUCUAAAUAUGAUAAUAUAAGUGAAGACAUUGCCCAUAAUAUUGAGGCACAAGAACAAUUAUUGCUGCAAAUCCAGGCCCAAAAUGAUGAAUUUGCUGCAAUCUUCAAUCUAGAAGAUUAUAAAGCAUCUCGUGAGAAAUGUUACAAGCAGAUUCAAGCUGCCAUAGCAAAGUUCCGCGAAAUUAAGGAGAACAUAAAUGAGGGGUUAAAGUUCUAUGUUACUCUUCAGGAUGCAAUAACGAAUGUAAAGCAGCAGUGCAGUGACUUUGUGAUGACUAGAAACAUCCAGUGCAAGGAAAUGAUUGAAGAUGUGCACAAACAAAUGGCAGGCCUCAGUUUCCAGGAUACUAAAACCACAGGUGCAACGACAAACUAUCCUUCUGUGGGACAUCAAGCUCAGAGAUCUGGUUCACAACAGCCAACAGAUCCUCGUCCUCAAACAUCACCGUACUACCAUCCUCCUGAGCAGCCAGCAAUGGCUGGAUAUUCUCACCCUCCCCCCUAUGGCUCAACACAGCAGAUGCCAUCUCCUUACCAUGUGCCACCUCAACCUAGUAGUCCAUACGCUCCUCAAGCUGGUAGUCCAUACCCACCUCCUCAAGCUGGUAGUCCGUACCCACCUCCACACACCCAGCAACAGCCACCUGCAAACCAUGACUAUGGUCAACCUGCAUAUCCAGGGUGGAGGGGUCCAUACUACAAUACCCAUGCACAACAACCUGGAUCGCACCCUCGACCUCCUUACACCAUUCCAGGUCAAUACCGUCCUCCGCAACAGGGUGGUUACUAUAGCCAACAAUAGUGUUGUGAAUUUUUUCAUUUUAAUGAAUUCUCGGUAGAAUGAAGAUGUAGUCGUCGGAAUAUUUCGAGGUGACUGGUGGUUUUACUUGACGCUUUCGUGUGAAGUGCACAUCUCGUUCAGACAUUUUAUUUUUCAGUGUAUAGCCUGAGCAUAUUUUGAUAUAUGUAGAAGUAUAGAAAAUAAUGAAUUCAUGUAUUUGAAAUAUUUAUGGACCAGAUUUUGUCAAGGUUAUCUUGUAAUACACACAAUUUUUAUGGA